CACCUAAUCGCUGCCUUAUCCCUUCCCUCUAUCCCUUCCCUCUCCGUUCCCCCAAACUCUCUGCUCCCAGUGCGCCACUCGACUUCCGCUCCUGCGCCGAGGGGAUCCGCCAUGGAGCUCUCCCUCCUCAACCCCACAAUGCACCACCACGGCAUCGCAGGGAAGGCGGCCUCCCACCUCCCCGAACGCCGGGUCUUUUCCGCCGUCCGCUUCCCCGUGAGGGCCUCCGCCGAGUUCUCCGGGUGCCUACUCUACAAUGUUUCCUUCCUUGCCUCCCCCUUUUCUCCUCCUCGUGCCCGAGCUCUCUCCGCCUCCGUCGACAACAAUGCCGUUCCACACGCCGUCUCGAGGCUGCAAUGCAAGAAUUCUGCCUCCUUGCCGAGCCCUCUGAAUGUAACCAGCCAUGUCUCUCUUGCAAAGAGGAUGCCGGUACAUGUCCAGGCCUCCGCAGAGGCUGGUGCCGCUGAUGCGGCAGAGCAACCAGAGAAGCCGAAACCGGUGGCUUCGAUCGAGGACAUGCCGCUUGAGUCCAAGCAGCAGAUGAUCCUGGAGCAGAGGGCGCGGAUGAAGCUGGCCAAGAAGCUGAGGCAGCGGCGUAAGCGGCUUGUCCAAAAGAGGAGGCUGAGGAAGAAGGGCAGGUGGCCACCAUCCAAGAUGAAGAAGCUCAAGAACGUCUGACUGGCUGUUGUUCUGUAAACUUGUGUAUUUUUGUUCCUCCAAUGCUGUCUUUGCUUAACUAAUGCAUUGGCGUUCAUUUUAUAUGUACAAUUUUGCUGUUCUAAAACACAUUAUCUGUACAAUGCAGUUGUUUUUCUAACCAUGAUGAAGUCUUCUGGCA